AUGCCAUUACCUCCGUCAACAUUGAACCAGAAAUCUAAUAGAGUCUACUCUGUAGCUAGAGUGUACAAGAAUGCCUGUGAGGGGAGACCACAGGAAUACUGGGAUUACGAACAAGGGGUGACCAUCGAUUGGGGGAAGAUUUCCAAUUACGAAAUUAUCAAUAAAAUUGGAAGAGGGAAAUAUUCCGAAGUGUUCAGCGGUAGAUGUAUUGUAAAUAACCAGAAAUGUGUUAUUAAGGUUCUGAAACCAGUUAAAAUGAAAAAAAUUUAUAGAGAGUUAAAAAUUCUGACUAAUUUAACAGGUGGGCCCAAUGUUGUUGGCCUUUAUGAUAUAGUACAAGACGCUGACUCCAAAAUACCUGCUUUGAUCUUUGAGGAAAUUAAAAAUGUCGAUUUCAGAACUUUAUAUCCGACUUUCAAACUUCCUGACAUCCAGUAUUACUUCACGCAAUUACUGAUUGCGUUAGAUUACUGCCAUUCCAUGGGCAUAAUGCAUAGAGACGUGAAGCCUCAGAAUGUCAUGAUUGAUCCUACGGAACGUAAACUAAGGCUAAUCGAUUGGGGCCUGGCGGAAUUUUACCAUCCAGGUGUAGAUUACAACGUUCGUGUCGCUUCGCGUUACCACAAGGGGCCAGAACUGUUAGUAAACUUGAACCAAUAUGACUACUCCCUAGACCUAUGGUCGGUGGGAUGUAUGCUAGCAGCUAUUGUUUUCAAAAAAGAACCUUUUUUCAAAGGAUCGUCCAACCCAGAUCAACUGGUGAAGAUUGCCACAGUACUAGGAACAAAAGAAUUAUUAGGCUAUUUGGGUAAGUACGGGUUGCACCUACCAUCUGAAUAUGACAACAUUAUGAGAGAUUUUACAAAAAAAUCGUGGACUCACUUUAUAACUUCCGAGACCAAACUAGCUGUUCCUGAAGUGGUUGAUUUAAUCGACAAUUUGUUAAGGUAUGACCAUCAAGAAAGAUUAACAGCAAAAGAAGCUAUGGAACAUAAGUUUUUCAAAACCAAGUUUGAAUAA